UACAAAUCAGAGAUGAUAGAGAAAAGCUCCGUCGAGGAAGGAGGAAGAUUCGUCCAUAAGAUUCUCGUCGGUGUGAAGCUAGACGCACCAGAGUUACUUACUUGGACUCUGGCUAAAGUAGCCGAGCCAGGUGAUACUGUUAUGGCUAUUUACAUCGUUGGAAACGAGAUAGUUGAUCGAGCAGGGAAGUCUUCGUCGCUGCUCUCCUUGGUGAAAACAUUCGACUCUGUUCUCGACGUUUACGAAGGCUUCUGCAAUCUAAAACAGGUGGAUCUGAAGCUGAAGCUAUGUCGUGGCAACUCAGCUCGAAAGAUCAUAGCUAAAGAAGCCAUGUCGUUUGGUGCAUCGAAAGUCUUAGUUGGAGUCUCUAAAACUCACCACGCGAUUCGUUCAUCAGCGUCUGUUGCUAAGUACUUGGCCAAGAAGCUACCAAAGGAUUGUUGGGUUCAUGCCGUCAACAACGGUAAAACCGUGUUCCAGAGAGAAUGGUCUCAUCUUUCUAAAGGUAAGGAAGAUGUAAGGAAGAACAAUCUUUUGAAUGUGCUUCAGAGAUCUGUUACAUUAAGUACCACCAAGAAGACGUCUUCUCCUGACAAUAGUCCAAGAAAGCCACACGAGAAACUAGAGGGACUCUACGAGAGAUUAUCAUCAGCUUGUCAGGUUUUCAAAUACAAGGAACUUGUUUCAGCGACAUCAAACUUCUCCGCUGAUAAUUAUUUAGGCCUAGGAGGCAGCAGCCGAGUUUUUAGAGGCUGUUUAUCCAAUGGAAGAGAGGUUGCUGUGAAGAUCCUCAAGCAAACCGAAGAUAUCUUGAAUGAUUUCGUGGCUGAGAUCGAGAUCAUCACAACGUUACACCAUAAAAACGUUAUCUCCCUUCUAGGCUUUUGCUUUGAAGACAAUAACUUGUUACUUGUAUACAAUUAUCUCUCAAGAGGAAGUCUAGAAGACAACUUACACGGCGGCAAAAAAGAUUCUAUUGCCUUUCUUUGGAGCGAGAGGUUUAAAGUAGCUGUGGGAGUAGCAGAGGCAUUAGACUAUCUGCAUAACAGUGCUUCACAACCUGUCAUCCACAGAGAUGUUAAGUCAUCAAAUAUACUGUUAUCUAAUGAUUUUGAGCCACAGCUUUCUGAUUUUGGGCUGGCGAGGUGGGCGUCUAUAUCUACAACUCACAUUGUCUGCUCAGAUGUGGCUGGAACCUUUGGCUACUUGGCUCCAGAGUACUUCAUGUAUGGUACGGUGAAUGAUAAGAUAGAUGUGUAUGCAUUUGGCGUUGUUCUACUUGAGCUUCUCUCUGGAAGAAAACCUAUUAGCAGUGGAUGUCCAAAGGGACAAGAGAGUCUUGUCAUGUGGGCUAAACCGAUUCUAGACGGUGGAAAGUAUUCUGAGUUAUUAGACCCGAGUUUGAGGGAUAACAACAAUGGUGACCAGAUGCAGAGGAUGGCGUUAGCUGCUACUCUUUGUAUUCGACGUAGUCCUCAAGCUAGACCAAAAAUGAGCAUUGUCGUAAAGCUACUCAAAGGUGAUGAGUACACGCUCAAAUGGGCAAUGCAACAAGUGAGUAGUUCCUCAGAUGAGUCAGAGAUGCUCAAGGAUGAGAAAUGUCAAAGAUCUAACAUGCAGUCACACCUUAAAGUAGCGCUUCUUGAUGUUGAAGAUGACUCUCUCUCCAUGGAAAGCUUUGACCAAGGCGUCUCUGUUGAGGAUUAUCUUAAAGGCAGAAACUCCAUUGACUGAAACAAUUGUGUGUUUUUUGUAUAUAUAUAUUGGUCGGUGGUGGUUCUUUCUAGCAUUCAUUCCUCCACGUUCCGGGUUGUAGUUGUAGAUUUCAAUUGUUGAUGAUGUGUGUUGUAAACCAAGAUGAUAAUUUGUGCCCUUCCUGAAGUGAGU